AUGGAACACGAACCAAGUUUAGAAGAAAAGAUUUCCGUGGCUUCAAACUUUAUACUACAAUCACCACCUGGAGAAGUGAAUGAUGUAUUCAAUGAUGUAAGACCUAUUGUAGGAGACGAUGCAGAACUUGAAAAUGGUUUACUUCCUGCACUUUCACAAUAUAAUACUGAACAACUCACUUUAGUCGAAUUACCCAAUGCGAAAAUCCCAGCGAUGAUUUGUGAAGCAGCCAAAUUAAAUGAAGGAAUUGAAAACCUUUAUAUGGAUCCAAAUUCAUCACAAACGUUUAUUUUUGAUCAUUUGAGACUUACUGUCAAAGAUGUUAAAGCUUAUACACCGAAAAAAGAUACGAUUGAAGAAACUCGAUUUGAGAUUUCAAAUCAAGCCGAGAAAUAUGUUAAAGAACAUUAUCAAGGUGGUGUUUGGAAAGUUUCAAAUGAAGUAGAAGAUGAAGAAAAGAAAUUUCAAUUAUAUAUUGUGGGUAACAAAUAUAACCCAGGAAAUUAUUGGACGGGACGAUGGCGUAGCAUAUACGAAAUUGAUCUUACUUCAGGUACUGUUAAGGGGCAAAUCCAAGUCAAUGUACACUAUUACGAGCAAGGAAAUGUAAGUCUCUCAUCAUCUUUUCUUACAAACUCCUGUUCAGGUUCAGGUUCAGUAACAGCAAGUCAAGUGAUCAAAUCGAUCUCACAAGCAGAAACAGCGUAUCAAAAAUCAGUGAAUUUAGCUUAUAUGGAACUGGGUGAUGAUACUUUUAAACAACUUAGAAGAGCUUUACCAGUCACCAAACAAAAGAUUGAUUGGAAUAAUAUCAAGACUAAGAUUGUGUUUAAUGAUAAAUAA